GCCCGUGGGAGAAUGGUCUCGGAUUCUCUUCGCCUGAGCUUUGCCAAUUUGACCUUUACUGACUCGCACAUCCGUGUUUCCCCGGCUGCAGUCGUAAGCUGCCAACACUCACAAUGUCUACGGAAAAUCUGUCCGGCCGAGUCGGCAAUCUGAAGCCAGAGCAAGAGACUGCUCUGAAGCAAUUCAAAGAAGAGCUUGGGGCAGAAGGGUUCUACGAUCCCGCAAAGCACGAUGACCACGUCCUCCUGCGGUUCCUCCGCGCCCGCAAGUUCCAGCUCCCCGCCUCGAAGAAGAUGUGGAUAGAUUACCAAAACUGGAGGAAGGAGUUCGGCACAGACGAGAUCCUAAAAACGUUCGAAUUCCCCGAAUACCCUGUCGUGAAGAAGUACUAUCCUCGGUUCUACCACAAGACGGACAAGGCGGGACGUCCCAUCUACGUGGAGCUGCUGGGAGGGGUGGAUGUGAACCAGCUCUUCCAAGUGACAAACAUAGACCGGAUGUUGAAGAACCACGUGUACGAGUACGAGAAGCUCGUGCAGUACCGUCUUCCUGCGUGCUCCAAGAAGUACGGAAAGUACAUUGAGCAGAGCUGCACCAUCCUCGACCUGAAGGGCGUGUCCCUGAUGCAGUUCCCUAGCGUCGCCAACCUCGUCAAGCAGGUAUCCGGCAUCGCGCAAAAUCACUACCCGGAAAUGCUCGGCAAGAUGUACAUCAUAAACGCCCCGAUGUUGUUCACGGGAGUCUGGUCCGUCGUGAAGGGGUUCCUCGACGAAGUGACCGUUAGCAAAAUCAGCAUCCUCGGAAGCCGGUACAAGUCCUCGCUGUUGGAGACUAUCGAUGAAUCCAGCCUGCCAAAGUUCUUUGGUGGUACAUGCGAGUGCCCUGGCGGUUGCGACCACGCCGACCAAGGUCCUUGGAACGAUGGAACGGUCGAGGGAUACCCACAGGAGGAUAUGGAGAAGUUCAACCGAUUGUACGGCCCCAACGCGACUGCCGGGGCUCCUCCGGUAGCUGUGCACACGGCCUAGGUGCCAGCACCGGCGCCCCGAAAUAGAAGAGCCCCUUUUUUAAAUGAUCUCUCUCCAUAUAUCCUCCUCCGACUGUGGAAUUUGACACUGUUUUGUAUUUGAUGAACCUCAAUCCUAGUCUUUUGUUUGUACACGCUUUUGGCGCGCGGGCUUGGUCCGCCAAUUUCCAAAGUCUUCUUGGA